AUGGCUGACGACGGCGAUGCCGAUUCUGCUUAUGCCGAGAGCAUAGGCGCCUAUUCCGAAUGUACUUCUGUAUCUUCGAGCGCUUUCGACUUUCAGUACGAAAACGGCCGCCGGUACCACUCCUACAAGGCUGGAAAAUAUUUCGCUCCCAAUGAUGAGCAGGAGCAGGAAAGACUCGAUCUGCUCCAUCAUGUCCAAUCUAUGGUUCUCGGGGGAGAGCUGUACAAAGCACCAAUUGAAGCUCCCCAACGCAUCCUUGACAUAGGCACCGGGACUGGAAUUUGGGCAAUUCAAAUUGCCGACACUUUCCCCAUGGCAGAGGUUGUCGCUACGGAUUUAUCUCCGAUUCAACCGACUUGGGUCCCUCCAAAUCUGGAAUUCCUCAUAGAUGACUGCGAAUCAGAGUGGGCUUUUGAGCGCAGUUUUGAUUUUAUUCGUCUUGGGCAUAUGGGUGGUAGUAUAGCGGACUGGGAAAAGCUAUUUCAACAGUGCAUGGAAAAUCUCAAACCAGGAGGAUGGCUAGAAGUCAUCGACUUUGAAGGUGACUUCCAAUGGAACCUGUACACAGCAGCUGAAUCUAACGUUCUGUCCCAGUGGCAAACCGAACUCAGCCACGCGGCAGAGAAGUUCGGCCGUAUAAUGAAUAUAAGCCCUCAAAUCAAAGGCCUAGUGGACCGAGCAGGAUUCCAAGAUAUUGUCCACGAGGUCCACAAGGUUCCGCUGUCUCCAUGGCCCAAGGAGCCUCGUCGGAGGAGUCUGGGCAUGAAUAUGAACGCGAUAAUGACCGAAGCAAUGCAAGCUUACAGUCUAGCGCUUUUCACCCGAGUACUAGGUUGGCAACCGGCAGAGGUUGAGGUUCUCUUGGCUGGGGCCAGAAAAGAUCUGAACAACCCUGAUUACCAUUUAUAUACUCGAUUACAUAUUGUUUACGGGAGAAAGCCGCCAACGCCAGGGCCGGCGAACUAA